CAGAAUGCCGAGACUCAGUGCUGGUCCUCACCAGUGCUCUGGGAGAGUGGAGGUGUUUCUUGGAGGUUCCUGGUCCACAGUGUGUGAUGCUGACUUUGACCAGCAGGAUGCAGAGGUUGUGUGUCGAGAGCUGGACUGUGGGAUUCCUGGGAAGGUUCUGGGAUCAGCUGCUUUUGGUCGAGGGGAGGGUCAGGUGUGGACAGAGGAGUUUCAGUGUAGAGGAAAUGAAUCUGAGAUUAGCUUCUGUCCAUCAUCAUCUUCACUCAGACACUCAACCUGUUCCCAUGACAAUGAUGUGGGAUUAAUAUGUUCUGGUCACACAGAGGCGCGGCUGGUGAACGGACCGGACUCCUGUUCUGGUCGAGUGGAGCUCCGGUACCUCGGUGUGUGGGGCACAGUUUGUGCUGUAAACUGGGAUAUGAGAGCUGCAAAUGUUCUGUGUGCACAGCUGGAUUGUGGGAGUGCUGUGGCUGUGGUGGAGGUGGACUGGUUUGGGGAGGGGAGUAACCACAUCUGGGCUGAUGUGUUUGAUUGUCAGGGGAAGGAGACACACCUAUCACAAUGUGGCAUCUCAUCAUGGAGUCGAGCUGCAUGCUCUCAUAAACAUGACGCUGGAGUCAUCUGUAAUGGAUCCUCUGUGGCGCUUCAUGAGGGGCGAGUGCGGUUGUCUGGAGGGAGCGAGUGUCAGGGGGAGGUGGAGAUUUAUUUCAGACAGGACUGGAGGAGAGUUCUCCUGGACUCGUGGAGUCUGUCUGAGGCGUCUGUGCUCUGCAGACAGCUGGGCUGUGGCUCCGUGCUGAACUACCGCUCCUCUCCAUCCACCACUGAACACAAACACAUGUGUGUAACAGGUUUCAGCUGCUCUGGGAGUGAAGAACAUCUGAGGAACUGCAGCAGUGCACAAGCUGAACCUGUCAACUGCAGCUCAGGGGAACAGCUCUACAUCACCUGUUCAGGUAAACACCCACAAAUGAGCAGCUCCAUCAGGCUGGUUGGUUCUGGGGGAGAAUGUGCAGGAAGGCUGGAGGUUUUCCACAGCGGCUCGUGGGGGACAGUGUGUGAUGACUCGUGGGGUAUUGAGGAUGUUCAGGUGGUGUGCAGACAGCUGCAGUGUGGAGAGGCCCUCAGUAACCACAUACCAGCCUGGUUUGGUCCUGGAACUGGGUCCAUAUGGCUGAAUGAGGUGGAGUGUGAGGGGAACGAGACGUCCCUGUGGAACUGCAGAUAUCAGCUGUGUGAAGAGGGUGAAUGUGGACACCAUGAGGACAUAGGAGUCGUCUGCUCAGAGUUUAAAGAGAUCCGACUCACGGAGGGCUGUGAGGGGAAUCUGGAAGUGUUCUACAAUGGAACCUGGGGUAAUGUGUGUCACAAUCAGAUGGAUGAUGAGCUAGAAACAGCAAAUAUGGUGUGUCGAGAGCUGAACUGUGGAAGACGUGGCAGUCUGUCAAACACUGAAGCACGAGUAAAAUCUGCUCCUAACUGGCUGGAUCAUGUGAAAUGUAGGAAACAUGACUCUAAUCUGUUGCAGUGUCCAUCUUCACCCUGGGGACAGAACAAAUGUGAUAAUCAUAAUGAAGUGGUUCAUAUUACCUGCACAGAAGAUGGAACGUCUCUACGUUCUCAAGGGACAUGCUCGUCAUUUCCUCUUCAGAAAUACUGCUCAAAACACUGGUCUCUCAGGCUGAGUGGAGGAAAGGGAAGCUGCUCUGGGAGGUUGGAGGUGUAUCAUAACUCUAAGCUGGGCUCCGUUUGUGAUGAUCAGUGGAACAUCAUGAACGCUCAGGUGGUGUGCAGACAGCUGGGCUGUGGGUUGGCGUUGAGUGCUGAUGAUCGGUUUGGUUCUGGUGAAGGGACUUUCUGGCUGAACAGAGUGAAGUGUCGAGGGGAUGAGAUUCACCUGUGGGACUGUCAUCAUUCCCUGAAGAAUCACACUGACUGCUCUCCUGCUGGAGUCACCUGUGCAGACAUAUCCACUGUGUCCACUGCUACACCCACCACCACCACCAUCAAAUCAGUAAGAACCGAUCUAAACCCUGUGUCACCUGGACCUCCAUCCUCCCCUCCACUGGUUCUCUAUGUGUUGGGAACGCUGCUCUUCCUGGCCUUAGUGCUUCUGCUGGUACUGUUUUACCAGAACAGAGUGCUCAGGAGAGUUGUCUCUAGGACGAUGCGUAAGUCUGAGCCUGAGGCAGUCUAUGAGGAGAUCAACCACAGACACAUGGCUAGAAGAAGCUUCACACAAAGAGCCUUUGAAAUUCUCUAGGGAGCCACUAUUUUC